CACACACUCAAACACUGAGAUUACAGGCACUCGGCUGAAUCCAGGAAGAAAAGGUUUUUUUUUAAACAAGAGAUUCCUAGUUUUUAAGAGUUUUCAUCAUGGAGAUGUGUCGGUUUGGCCUGGUCUUGGUGUUCGUGCUGUGGGUUGCACUGCCCGCUGAAGCCCAGCCACCUAACGUGAUUCAUCGCUACAGAAACUUCCUGAAUCAGCAUGUUUACAGUGACAUGUCUGAGAAGAAGUGUAACAGUGAGAUCGACAAAAGGAGAAUCACUGAUGGCAACACCAACAACUGCAAAAAAGUGAACACCUUCAUAAAGGCCAGUUCGAACCUGAUCAAGACCGUGUGUGGGAGAGCCACGGGUCUCUAUACAAGCGGCCAGCCUUUCCCUGUGGUCACCUGCAAGCUGCAGAGUGGAGACAGACGGCCACACUGUGACUACGGCAGAAAAGGUUAUGAGAGCACUCGAUACAUUAAAAUAGCAUGUGACCAGGGUUGGCCCGUGCAUUACCAGGAAGACGAGGUCGUGGUGGGCUGAAAUGUUAUGUUUAGUGAUGCUUUUAAUAAGUACUUAUCCAGUGAUAUUUACAGCUAAACUAAAGUUUAAUCAUCCUGAAAUACUAUGAUUAAUUUGAAUAUGUACUUCAAUGAAUCUCUGAGCUGGUUGCCUUGAAGGCAAAAUCACAUAAUAAUGCCUUUCAUUAGUUUUUCUUCUUACAUUUAUACAUUUUCCAGAUGUUAAAUCACAAUAAGUUUCAUAAUAAAUUAUAAUACAACUUUUAUAUUGUAUUAUUGGAUAAAUAAGAUAUGCGGUAAAUAUAUCUCAUCUCAAUGCUUUUGUAUUAAGGUUUCUUUUUUGCAAAUCCUACUUUUUAAUUUUCAGCAAUAAAACAAUAAAAGAAAUGCAAUGUUCCUUGGCAAAACACGCAACACAGUAUGUAAUGGACACAUUGUUCUAUUGCAAUAGUGUUGGUUUUCAGUGUGUCGACAAUUAACAAUACACAAUAAACUGAAUAUUAUAGUGCAGGACAAAACACCAAAACAAACCAGCUAGUGAAAGCAUGUAACCAAUGUAUAUGAAGCUAAACUAAUUCUACAUGAUCCUGAAACACACUAAUUGAUCCGCAAUUUUAUUUUAUUGAAACUGAAGACAGAAGAUAUUUUGGGACCAGUAUAAUGAGUAAAGAAAAUGAACAUGUCAAUUAUGAAACCACAUGUAAUGAAAAUGUACUAUGGAUGUGAAUAAAUGCAGUAUGAAAAUUGUA